AUGACUGAGGAUAGCCAUUCCCUGACAACAGAGCUUACCCUAACAGGAUUUACAAAUCAUACAGAGCUGAAGCCCCUUAUGUUUCUGGUGUUUCUUAUCCUGCAUUUGAUUACUAUGGUGGGAAAUCAUGGCCAGGUGGCAUUGAUAGUCACAGAGCAUCGUCUUCACACACCAAUGUACAUCCUUCUGGGGAACCUCCCUCUGAUGGAUUCCUGUUGCUCCAGUGCCAUUACCCCAAAGAUGUUACAGAACCUGUUUUCUAAAGACAGAAUGAUUUCCCUCUAUGAAUGCAUAGUACAAUUUUAUUUUCUCUGCCUUACUGAAACUGCAGAUUGCUUUCUCCUGGCAGCGAUGGCCUAUGACCGCUAUGUGGCCAUCUGCAAACCGCUGCAGCACCACACCAUGACGUCACAGAAACUCUGCGUUCAGAUGACCACGGGGACGAACCUACAUUCCAUGAUUCACAUUGGAUUUCUGUUGAGGUUAACUUUCUGCAGGUCUCAUCAAAUCAAUCACUUUUUGUGUGAUGUCCUUCCAUUAUACAGACUCUCUUGUGUGAAUCCCUAUAUCAAUGAAUUGAUGAUAUUCAUCUUCGCAGGGUCAUUUUUAGUCUUCACUAUUACCACAGUAAUAAUGUCUUACCUUUUUAUUCUUUUCACAAUUUUCAAGAUGAAAUCCAAAGAGGGAAAAGGCAAAGCCUUAUCUACAUGUGCGUCCCACUUUCUCUCUGUCUCAAUAUUCUACGGUUCCCUUCUUUUCAUGUAUGUUCGGCCAAAUUCAGGUAAUAAAGAUGAUAAAGAUAUACCUGUUGCUAUUUUUUAUACUCUAGUGAUUCCCUUGUUAAACCAAUUUAUUUAUAGUCUAAGAAAUAAGGAAGUUAUAAAUGUUAUAAAAAAUAUGGAGAAGAAUUUAUAA